AAAGCUUCUUUCAAUGUUAAUCUGAUAUGCUACUUUAAGGUAGAACAACAGUUAACAUUUGUGUAAAAUUCAUUUCCGCAUAGUUGAAUAAAACGUUGUCAACAUCUUUAGUACAGUUCCUCAGUGAGUCUGUGGCCAGCAACUUCUCCAGUUGUAGAUACUUGGAGCACUUAACAUUCAACUCCAACUAUAAGAUCAAAACAUAAACCAAUCGCCGUAUUAACAAAAAACAAUUUUAAACAAAGAACAUUUGUGGAACUGCCAUACUGAUAAAAAAAAAAAAAUACGGUAACUCCAAAAAUCCAUAACAAAAAAAAUACCAGCAUUUAAAAUAUAUUUAAACCAUGAUAAAAUUACAUUUUUGCAAAUAGACAGCAAUACAUAAUUAACUUUGUGUAAAAUUAUAAACUUUAUUGUGCAACGUUGUAAAAUUAAAGAUAAUUAAACAAAUCUGUGUGCAACUCAAAGAAAGUUAUAAAAUAAAAAUACUAUUUGCUGGCAAAAAAAAAGGUGCACCGAUUAGAUUAAAAUGCCAAAACUUGUGCGGCAACGUACAAAUUAUAUUGACUGCAGUUGAAAAGUGUGAAAAAGACGCCAUUUGAGCUGACUUUGAAAUAAAGUUUUUAAAACUGUCAGCGUUUCAAUAAAUUUUGUAUUCGACAAUAUGUUGCCCGCCAACGUAGGCACCGCAAAUCAAACGCAAACCAAGAGAGAAUUGCCAAUUACAAUGAAACUGGGAAGCGGUGGAGUUGCCAGCACGUUGACAGUGACACCGUCAGUUAAUGGACAGAGCAAGGGCCAGGAGGAUUUGCGUUAUCUGCCCAUUGCCACAAUGCCCAGCAAACCCUGUAGCAUAACAAUAAGCAAUUAUAACAGUAACAGUAACAGUAAUAUAAAUAAUAUUAAUAACAAUAAUAGCAAUAAUAUCAAAACCAAACUGACGCCCGUGAAUAUUGUACAAAAGCAGCUGAGAGUCAACAAUUCAACUCCAGCGGGAACAGCGCCGUUCAUACAAUUAAUGACAGCCAAUUCCAAUGGCAAUUCAAACUCGCUGCUAUCUAUAUUGACGCCCAAAGCAAUUAUCAAUCCUACUAGCAACAACAGCAGCAAUACCAACAACAAUAACAAUUCCAAGAUGCAGCCGCUUCCUCAUCCUCAAUCGCAGUCGCAGCCUGUGAUGAUACGACCAGCAACAACAUUGACAACAAUUCCUGUACAACAACAAAAUGGUGCUGCCGUUUACAACAAUAAUAAUAACAGCAACAACAACAACAGC